UGGAGCCUCGAGUCUCCUGGAUGGAGAAGGUGGGGAAGGAGGAUCCCCAAUACUGGGAUUGGAACACCAAGGCAGCCCGUGGCAAUCAGGAGGAAUUCAGAGGAAACCUGGAGACUCUGAGGCUUCGCUACAAUCAGAGCGAAGGCCUUCACACAUGGCAGAGGAUGGACGGAUGUGAGCUCCGGGGAAACAAGAGCAAAGGAGGUUUUGAACAGCAUGGCUACGAUGGGAGGACCUUCCUCACCUUCGACAAGGAGACCCUCACCUGGGUGGCUCCCGUCCCCCAGGCCCGGAUCACCCAGAGGAAAUGGGACGCUCUUCCAGGAUAUAAUCAGAGAACGAAGUUCUUCCUGGAGGAAUUCUGCAUUGAGUGGCUGGAGAAGUACCUGUCCUACGGGAAGGAGACGCUGCUGAGGACAGGGGGCUCCCUCCCUGCCUUGCACCUGAUGGCGCACCUCCCACGCCCACCACUAGAGGGCUCCACGUCUACCAUUGAAAUGACAUUGUAAGUGCCCCCACUUGGGCAAAAAAAGGCCAAGAUUGAGAGCUUCUUUCCUUCCUGGGUGGGGGAGGGGGGAAAUUUCCAAAAUAUCUAUGGCUCUGAUUUAGUGAGCCUUUCCACAGAACGACCCCUUUCCCACCUUCAGGAGCACACCUUCAGCUCACAGGGGGUUUCACAUUAUUAUUAUUUUUUUAAACACGUUUUAUUAAAAUUUUCAGUUUUUACAUCCAGAUAAUUAGGAAGCAGCAUGGUGAUAGGGCAGACAUGUCAAACACAAGGCCCGUGGACC